UCAACGUUGCGCUAAUCUCAUUCUCGACAUUCUCAUUCAACUCUUCCCCACUCUGGAGCUGUGUCUGCGCCCUUUCUCCCUUUAUUUCCUCUACGGACCUUAUCACAAAUGGCGCAUUUAUGGGAUGCUCUUCAUGCAAAAACCAAGGUUCUGACUCUCGCCACGCCUCCAGGUCCGACUUCGACUGCUGUUAACACAACAACGCCCGCCGUGUUCAUUAUCCCCGAGGUCCUGGAGCGCGUCCUGUCCUUCCUGAACCCCUACAAGCGCCGUACCAUCGCACGCUUCGUCUGUAAGCAAUGGCUCGCCAUUUGCCGCGACAUCCAGCUCCCUAUACCAUUAUUUUGGAGCAUCAGUAUUAGUGCGACCAAUUAUCAACGCGUCCUCGAGAGACUGAGCACUGUCCGUGCCCUCAGCGCCGCGCCCAGACGGAACAACAGCUAUACAGAGAUGAAACUCUAUCCCUCGAAGAAGGAGGCACUGCGUAUCUGGCAGGUGUUUCUGUGCCAACUCGAGAGCUGUUUAGGAGAGCAAGAUCGGACUGUAAGCAGUAAAGGGAGCGACAAGGGCGAUCAGCAUCAAAGCGUGGGUCUGCGCCGUCUUCAUCCGCUGGAAAGUUUGGAGUUGUCAUACGAUUUUACGGAGGUGGCGUAUCUCGCGCCACUAUUACCACUUCUUCCUCGAUUUUCGAUCCUCAAGACAAUCCGACUGAAGACUAUGGCGCGGCCUGAUCGCAUCCUUUUGUUUCCUAUCCUCGAGGCCUGUCCGAAUUUGGAGGAGCUCUACGCUCUGACCAAUUAUUUUUGGCCGUAUCGUGUUAACGUGGACGUCAUGCGCGAUAGGGAGCGGAUCCACCCAUUCAAGCCUGUGUGCAUCCACUCCCGAAUGAAAAUCCUUGUGCUGCAGCAUAUGCUGCUUACCCCAGAGACAAUCGAGUCGAUGGUCGUAGCAUGUCCCAACCUGACGGAGCUCCGAAUUUUCCAAGGGAUCCCGAUGCCACCCCUGUACGAAGAGCACGGGAGCGUGGAAAGCACCCGAUUACUGCCCCGGUUCAAUCGAUCAGUGUUUCUGAAGCUGGUCGCCGCUACCUGUUUCCAACUGAGGUGCUUCCAUUUAUCGAUUACAGGCGAGCGACUAUCAGACGAGGAGCUCGGCUUGCUUCUAAAUCAUCCCUCGCCGGUGCUGAACGAGUGGUCAUUUUCGGAUCAGGAGAUUGAGAUCUCGCAAAUGGAUAGGUUGAACGCAGAGCAGCUACAGUCAUCAUUGUCGCACAGGCCGCACCCAGACGGGGCUUUGGGGGCGCUCCUACGCUCAGACGAUCCGCUAGUAAGAGCACACCAUAACAGAUUGACGCGGCUAGAGCUGACGAAGACCCCUCGCUUGAAUUCAAGGGACGGAAUCAGCGCAAUUCAGUCUGGAGGCGUACUACACCAGUUUUUAUGUCAAGCGCCUCUUUUACAGCAUUUGAUCGCCACUAAUGUUGUAAUUGAGAUCGAGAAGCUGGAUGUGAACCGCGUACUAGAGAAGGAGCGACUAUGUGGGGCCCCCAAGGAUACAGGACAGAAUAGGAGGCAGGAAAGACAGGCAAUCUGGGCUUGUCGCGGGCUCAAGACCUUGCAUACGACAUUCGACAAUGACUGGGAUAUCGCGUAUAAGAGUGGUUGGGCGCAUCUCGAGGUCAACAGUCUGAUUGUGUUCGGGUACCUGAGCAAGUGCUGUCCACGAUUGCGGGACGUUCACAUCCGGAGAUGGAGCUCGAAUAUGUCCUACAAUUCUGGAUUCUGCUUCCUAUCUCGUUUGCAGGACCUGGAGAGGUUGGUGCUGACAGCGAAGACUCUUUCGAACUUGGAGUCCAAAGAGCUAGCCUGGAUGCGGCAUCGUUAUACCAGCAACGGAUCAUACAGUUAUGUGCAGUCCCCUUUAUCGCUGUCGCCUUCAGAGAUACCUGCUUACAGGAAUGCAGAUGACAAAGAGGUGGAUUUGAGUAAAUUGGGUCUACUGGCGGAUGUGAAAAAGUGGGCCAAAGAAUCAGAGCAGAGUCCAUUGUGGGGUACAUCCAAAGAAGUCGUUACUGGUAGUGGCGGCUGUUGGCCGCAUCUGGAAUACUUCAAGUUAACCUGUGCUAAUGUGACAAGAGGGUUUGAACUGAAGCACUUUCUUAAAGAGAUCUGGCCGAACGUAGAGUUUAUCUUCAAGGAAUCGAACUUUUAUAAUUAUGAGCAUUAGGUUGCUCAUAAUAAACUGGCCACCUAGAAACCGUUUGAUCACUCUU